AUGACCGACAACCCCAACCCCGGUAACUUCGCCAACAGACCUCAUGAAGAGGUCGAGAAUAUUGCUCGGAAGGGUGGGCAGACUAGCAACCAAGGUGGAUUUGCUUCGAUGGAAGCCGACAGGCAGAAGGACAUUGCCUCGAAGGGUGGUCAUGCUUCAAGUGGAAGCUUCCAGCCUGGCGAUGAGAGAGCCAAGGAAGCAGGUCGAAAGGGAGGUCAAUCAUCUGGGCAACCAGACGAAUGA